AUGGGGUGUGGUCUUUGCACUCCAAGAGCUCAUCACUACAAGUCCUCUGCCGUCUCUCCGACUGCGCAAGCCGUCGGGAAGAAGGCCUCCCUCGCAGAUGCAGCACCGUCGCAGCAGGAUGCCCAGCAUGCCCUGCCCAGCACUCGGUCACGGCCAGAAUCCUGGCGCGCGCGAUGCGAAGAGGCCAAGCCAGAAGCUCCUGCAGACAGGUCCGAAGGCCCGCGUGCCGCUGCCGAAGCCGAAGCCUUCGGGUCCGAGGCGCCGGCUUUACCCGGGGUUCUGGUGCAGCCGGCGGCGGAGGUUGCUGUCGCGAAGAUGCCAAGCGAGGCCCAGGAAGAUCAGGAAGGCGCUCUCGUUCUCGAGGGCCCAUCCACUGCAAAGCGGCACGAGGCAACUAGGCCUCGGCCGGAGGAGGAGCCGGAGGCGAAGGAGGAAGAGGGCCUGGACUGGGAGAUGGAGGCGACGCUGCCGGCGCUUGCUGCCCAGCUCCGGCGCGGGGAGGCGGCCGCGACCGGUAGUGCGAGGCGGAAGAAGGCAGCCGUGGCACCAGAAUCCAGUUGGCAGGUGGAGGAAGCUGAGGCUCAGCCGUCCUUGCCAGCUCCGCCAAUCUCACCGGCAGCACAGGCAUCUCCUGCAUGGCAAACAUCAACGAGCCAGGCAUCGCUCCAUCUGCCCAUAUCUCACGAGACAGGCUCAUCACAGACAUCAAAGUCAACCUGGAAGCUGGAAGAGGCGGCGAGUGGGCAAGCUGACAUCUUCUCGCCACUUUCUCAUACCAUUGAGACCGAGAAGGCAGCAGACGACAAUUCGCCCUUGUCAGAACCCGUGGUGCAGACUCUCCCGAAGGCACCGGCUUUCCCGUCAGACGUGGAGGUGUCAACGAGCACGCAGCUGAUGCUUCUGACUUGGGCCCGAUGGGGCCGCAAUGCCUGGCGAAUCAAGCAGGAAGACCAGAUCAAGCAGCUUCAGCACAGGCGCUUUCCUCGCACGCCCGCGCCGCCGCGAGAGCCCUUGUCCCCACAACCGACGCCACGGUCGACGCCGCGAGAGUCGCGUGAGGCGGAGACACCAGGCUCGUCUCCCGGGAGUUCCCCUGCCUCGUCCUCGCGGCCGCGGACGGGGGCGGCAGCGUGGAGAGCCGGUGGUGAGUUAGGCAUGGGCACCACCGUCCACAGCCGGGAAGGGCGCGAGAUCCGGGAAGGCCGCGACGACCGCGGCUUUGCCUUCGCGGAGUUGCGGGAGGAGCAGCGGGAUUCCAUGGCUCAACAGGGUGCCAGGACGAAGCUCGUCCGUGCUUUGGGCGGAAGUGCCGCCACUGCUCACAGCACCGGCACUCCUGGCUUUGGCGUCGACACGCCGGGCUUCCCAGGGGCCAGUGGCGCGGCUUCUGCGGAUGCAUCGGUGGUGAGCAGUGGCGUGGCGAGUCCGGUCAAGGGCGGCCAGAUGUCCCCUUGGAUCCUGGAGGCGGAGGCUCUCUGCGAGGAAACCGACGAGGAUGUUUCUCCAGGCGGAGGAGGUUGGAGCCUCGAUCCUGGGUCUGACAACUUGCUCCUCAGCAUCGAAGAGGAACUCCAGCCUCGCAAAGAGAAGGUCGCGGUGCCCACGCCCACGCAGCCCACGGAGCCAGCGGUGCAGGCCAAUGAUGACCAGGUCUUGGACGAGGAUGAGCUGGAACGGGUGGAGAUGUUUGAGGAAAGCCCCAGCAAGAAGUCGGCACAGGAGCACAGUUCGCCUGCCCACGAUGCCGCAAGAGCUGCUGAAGAGAAGCUGCCCGCCAAGGACGAUUCGGCGCAUCAGCCCUUCGAGUACAUGGUAGGCGAGAAGGUCUCCUACUACUCCAGCUCUCACGGCGCCUGGAUGCCGGCUCGUAUCGUGGAGCGGAAGAGCAGGACUAUCUAUGUCAUCGACAAGCAGAUGCGCGGCUGCUUGGCCAAGGUCCGUGCUUCGGAGCUGGUCUCCGAGAGGGAGGAGGAGAAAAACCCGGUUCUGCGAGCCUUCGAUGUCCUGGAAGUCCGUGCUCCCUCCAACCGACCCACGCGGCCGACGAGUGCGACGAGGCGCGGCUCGAGUCCGAAAGGUCGUUCUGGCAGCCAGUCACCGGCAGCACCCACCCGGGUGCCGGGCAACCGAGGGCGCAUCGUGCGAGAUGACUUCAGCGAUGAUUCUGAUGACGGCUGA